AUGAGGGAGAGCACAGAGAGCGAGUCCUUUCUCAAGGCUGAUGAUGUGGAGCGUACAGCCUUCUUAGAGCAGCCUGGAAACAGCAAGAAAAGGCUUUUCAAACCCAUCUUCCUAGUAUGGGUAAUAAACGCAACUCUUAUGGUCGCCGUCCUGGCUUUACUCUGGGAACGAAAAAGUGCAAUGCCAACCCCUCACUUCCGCGACCAGGGAAUCUACUCACCGGCCCAGGAUGAGAUUGAGUACAAGACAGUAAUCUUCUCAUCUGCUUUUGGCAAACAUAAGUCAAAAUACCAAGGUCCGCCCACAGACGAAGUUGAUGCCUUGUGGGAUGAACUAUAUAAUGCCGUUGGGAUCAGUAGAAUAGACAAGAAGUCUGCGAUGCAGCUUCCUAACCGUACGGCACCAAUCCCCGGAGACGAGGACCAUUACAUUGUCGGACUUGACGUGUUCCAUCAACUGCAUUGUUUGAACAAUCUACGAAAGCUCGUUUGGCCCGAGAGAUAUCAGAGCUUGGAACAACAUGCCGGAAAACCAGAAGACUAUGCAGAACACAUAAACCACCUAGACCAUUGUGUGGAUACUCUUCGACAAUCACUGAUGUGUCAUUCUGAUAUCAGCACACUGUGGUGGGAGUGGAUUCCCUCGAGUCAGAGGACACUGGCACAUCCGGACACAACCCACACGUGUCGCAAUUUUGAGAAGAUAUGGCAGUGGGCUGCUGACCAUGAGAUGAAAGGCGAUUUCAAUAGCUAUGUACAUGUUCUUGAAGAGGAUUAG